CAGCAUGUUCUGUUCGCGCAUAGUGCUACAGUGUGAUAUCAUGGCUGCGUCACUUGCGCAGCUGAUAGAGGAAGGGUGGGGUGAUUAUACAAUGCAGCAGGAAGAGGGAGAAAAGAUACCUUGUGAGAAAGCUGCUCUCGGAGAGGACAGAGGGAUAAUAAUCAUGUCACCUUCCUGGACUCAGCUAUUAUUUCAGAUUCUCCUGCUUCUUGUCUGCUGCAGACACAUCAAUACAAAGACAUCUGGAGCAACGCCCUCACCACUGGCUCCUGUGCCAACAGUUGCAAGGAGUGUUGUCCUUAAAGGUGAAAGUCAAAAUGAGACAAUUGAAGUGUUGAACCCUAUCAAACUAGAACUGGAGUGUACCUGGACAGGUGAUCAGGACAAACUACCAAACAUUACUGUUUACUGGAUGAAAGAUGAGAAUGAAAUUGAGAAUAGUCGCCUCACAGUGCAGCUGGAGAAUGAACCGUAUAAUCUAAAACGAGAGUUCAGCAUUGAGAAAGAAGAAAACCUUGGAACCUACUCUUGCGUUUUUGAAAAUGUGUCAAAAAUAAAUUUUAUUUUGGCAGCUCCACAGAUUGGGGAUGUGCGAGAAAAGCCAAUAGUCAGCUAUGUGGGGGAUUAUGUGGUGAUGACAUGUAAAAUGGAGGAAAGCAAACCAAAGCCCAGCUCUUGGAACUGGUACAAAAAAAACGGAACAGAUGAGGAGCAGAUUUUCCCUGCUGAAGAGCCUCGAUAUAAAAUCAAGAACGAAGACGAGAAGACCAAGCUGGUGGUGCACAACCUGACUGAGGCCGACUCCGGCCUGUAUUACUGUGGUGCAGUGUACGCCAUCGCUACCACAAAGAGUCCUGUGAAGCUGAAGGUCAUCACCUAUUGGGAACCUCUGAAGCCCUUCCUUGCCAUCCUGGCUGAAGUUAUUGUCCUGGUUGCCAUUAUUCUGCUCUGUGAGAAAAGUCAGUCUAAGAAAGAUGGUGCAACAGGAAAUGAGACAAAUGCUGACCAAACAUACACACUAACGGAAGGAGAAAACAAAGACCAAGAGGGAAAUUCUUCAGUGAGACAGCGCAAAGUUUAAAUCCAGCAGAUUCAAGCUUCUCUAACAGUUUGGCUUCUUUUCAAAAAUGAAUUAUAGAGUUUAAAAAGCAAUACAUAAACUAUUAUUCUGUGAAUAUGUCACCUGUUCUAACAUGGUGCAAAAACCACCACAUGCAGACUUUGAUGGUUGCUCAUGUAACCUCAUACUAGUUUUUAAAUAGUGCUGCUUUUCAUUGGAAAUAAUGAUUUUAUUUUGAAUCAGUAGUGUUGUUACAACAGAUGGAAGAGAAGAGUGUCUGCCUACUCUAUUUUUUAGCCGUGAACCAUGUACAGUAUCAUCUCACUUCCUGCGAUCCUGUGGUUGAUUUCAUGCCUCACUCUACCUUUGUCACCUCUCUGUCAAAAGGAAGGUGUGCUAUCUUCUUUGGGACAGCAACCUAAACCUCAACUCUUAUAUGUUGUUUAUGCAUUAGGGUUUGUGAGCAGUGCCUUACACUCUCAAAAAGCAAUUAACCAAUGUGUGUUUGCAACCACUUUUUUCUCUGUAGAGUUUGCUCUUGAAAUGCUGUGUGCCUAAAAUUGCAAAUCUACCUACUAUGUUUUACCUUAAUAUCAUGAAUAUUUAUAUUAUUAUAUCAACAUAUAUUACCUUAAUGGUGUCCACUGUAUAUGAAGGCAAACAAAUUAAAACUACACAAAUCACUGUUAUUUUGUUUCUUUCACUAAUUGUCUAUAUAAGACAUGAACAUGCAUUUUGCACAUUUUGAAAAGCUUUUGUGUGAGCCGAUACGGAUGAAGCUGAAGGACCUAAGCGUCCUGCAUGUUCAUUUCUGAGGAGGGGUCGAAGUCAGAACAAACUUCUUAACAAUGGUUAACCCAAGGAAAUCAUAAAGCAU